UUUUUUUUAUAUUACUGCUGUUGAUAAGCAAUGCCUUUCGGGUUCUACCAUGAAGUAGUAUGCCAAGUCUCUCGAAGUGCACUUUGGUCAUUCUUUAGUGACAUUCAGCUCGAAGACACUGAGAAUAUUCCUCCUGAAUCACAACCACUUAUUAUUGCUGCCACUCAUCACAAUAUGAUUAUCGAUCCAGCUGUACUCUCUGUCACUUUUCCCAAUAGACGUAGACUUCAUUAUUGGGCUAAAGACACUAUGUUCAAAAACCCUUAUGCAGCUUCUUUCCUGCACGACUGUGGUGUUGUCCCAGUCGAUAGAACCACCAAGAAUAAUGCGAAAUUAUAUGCUUCUACUUUUGAAGUACUUAAAUUGGGUGAGGCAGUUGCUGUAUUUCCAGAAGGCACAAGUCAUACAUUACCACGACUAGGUACUUUCAAGGACGGAACUAGUUUUGCAGCUUUGGAAUAUGCUAAAAUUAACCAACAAGAAGGUCUUCAUAAACCCGCACCUAUUUUACCUGUAGGCAUUGUGUACCCUGAAAAGUCAAAAUACAGAAGUGUGGUGAUUGUAAAGUACGGUAAACCUAUCUCUGUUGAGCCUCUUUUGCCACUUUAUUUAGAGGACUCUAAAAAAGCGGCUAAACAGCUCACCAAGAUGACGGAAGAAGCGAUAGAAAAAAUUACCGUCAACUCUCCUGACUGGAAUAGCAAGUAUUCGGCUGAUAUGGCCAGAUGGUUAUUAUUCCCUGGUGAAAAUGGCACCAUGAAGGAUUAUAUACCGGUUACACAAAGCUUGAUCAAUGCCAUGAACACACUUGCAGAGAAAGAUGUAGAGAUCGCUAGACUUCAAAAGAGUUUGAUUGCCUAUAAACUCGAAUUAGAGGCACUCUUGUUAAAAGAUGCUCAGAUUGCUAAAUACAACGAAAAGGAAAUCACUGCCAUUACGACCACGGUUCAGUUAUUGAAGCGUACAGCUGCUAGUUUGAUUGAUUUACCCUUAUUUUUACCUGGUCUUGUAGCUCAUUUGCCCCUUUAUGUUGUAGGCUACAUGGCUGGUCAUUUUGAGAUUUAUGAAGAAGUUAGGGCUCAGAACAAGAUCUUUUUCAGUAUGCUUCUUGUACCUGUCAUUUACUUGGUUUCGUUUGUAUGGGCUUGGUAUAGCUUGUUUGGUGGUACCUUGGCUGGUUUCUUUAUUGCCUUGGCUACAUUGGGUGUCUUUGUUUGGUAUCAUGUGACCUCAAUUGAUGAACGCUAUGAAAAUUUCAAAGACUUAUUGGGUCGAUGGCGUCUAUUUGAUGCUGUUGUGCUUGGCAGAGGCAUGUGGCGCCGAAAAGAGCGUAUUUUGGGUCUCAAGAAAUUACGUUCCGAGAAUUUAGCUAGCGUCCGAAAGAUGAUUACCACCUACAAAUCGACCAAUGAUGAUGUACAUGUCGUUUGGUUAGCACUUCGUCAAAGAGUAAGACAGUUUGGAGAUGUUUCUCGAUUACGUUCAAAAAAGAAGGCUUUAGCUAAACAAUAUGAAUGGUGUUUUGAAGGAUAAUAAAGUUAUAUUUUUUUUUUCAUGUCGAACAUUUAAA